UUCACACCACACCGAAUUUUCAAACUUACUGUUACUAACUGUAGUAUCAAAUUGUUUUUGAACAUCUUUAGACUAUGCAUAUAAAUAUUGUCACGGACGUAGCACUUUACGAUAGCAACACAUUUCACAGCCAGAGAUGGGAAACAAUCUAGGAAGAGGGAAGAAAGCAAAGGUGAUGAAGAUCAAUGGUGAAACAUUCAAGUUAAAGACUCCAGCAAGAGCCAGCGAUGUAGUUAAGGAUUAUCCAGGGUAUGUAUUAUUGGAUUCCGAAGCUGUCAAGCAUUUUGGAAUUCGAGCUAAACCAUUGGAGCCUCAACAGGAGUUGAAGGCCAAGAAGAUUUAUUUCUUAGUAGAGUUGCCAAAGUUUCCUGAGGAAAAAGAUCCUAGGAAUACCAGGAGGGUUCAGUCAGGCAUACAUAUGAGUGCCAAAGAUCGGCUCGAGUGCUUGAUGUUGUCUCGGAGAUCAGUUUCUGACAUUCCGAUGGUUAGAUCAUCGUCGGGUCAAACGUCCGACGGGCCUAACACGGUUCGGGUAAAGGUGAGGCUGCCUAAGGCACAAGUGCAGAAAUUGGUGGAGGAGAGCAAAGAUGAAGCAGAGGUGGCUGAGAAGAUUAUUGAUCUUUACAUGGACAAUUCCGGUGAGGCUAAUGGUGAGCAUGAUCACAACCGGCACGUGCAAUGGCAGCCGGAGCUUGGUAGCAUUACGGAGAGUUUCAAGACAACUAAGAAACGAGUGAGUUUUGUUCCAGAAGAGGGGGAAAUCCGUUUAGCUGUUGCCUCUCACUAGCAAAUUAACUAGUUUAAAGCGUGGAGGGUGACAUGGUGUGCUUCCAAGAAGUCCCUCUUCAUUUUAGCCGCAGACAGCCAUUGGCGACGAUCGUUGUACAUACUUCGUCGUCAUCUCUUUUUGCAAUUAUAAAUAGCCAGAAUUUAGGCAUGGAUAUGCUGUAAUAGUUGUGCAUCCCAAUGCACGUCUAGGGUGUGUUUAUAGCUCAGUUUAUGAUUUUCUUUCAAGAAAAUUCCCCAUCUCUACGAGGACAGGCCUUAGGACACUGUUGUUUCCCAGCAGGGUGAUCAAUCUCCUGAGCUGGGCUAAUACGAGACUUGCUGGAUAAAGCUUACUUUCCUUCUUUAGUUUGUAAAAUGUUCUACUUAAGUCCCUGAAACUUAAAACUAUCCCAGAAUCACGUUUACAGUUUCUAA